UCCUGCCACGUCCUACGCCACGUCCUUGUGCAACAGCCAGACCCAGACUGUUCUUCCCACCGCGUCUUGUCACGCAACUAGUCGGUUAUGGACAUCCUCGUGGGGCUCUGAGCGCCCAGGCUGGAAUCAUGCCCACUGUCCUGCACAGUGGAAGCGGGAAACUUUCUUUUGGCUCUUUGCUGCACCUGCACCGAUGUCUGUUUUCUCAGGUAACAAGAGGCCAACACAGCUGUGCCAAGGAUAUUUGGAGGGACAUGACUCAGUCACGGCAGUCCCAACAAGCCUUACCGGGUGAUCAGCAAAUCCUCUUCACUCCUGCGGAUGGAAAACAGCCGACAACACAAUACAGCAGGUCGGGGGGAUGUUCAGCCCCGAAUGAGCUGUCAUCCCCAUGUGGCGCCUCAAAAGUCGCAACUCAAGAAUCAGCUUCCUGGGAUGGACAAAGCCUGUCACAGACAAAUGGCAGGAGGGCGAGACAUUCCAGCUCGGACUCCUCGCAAUCCCACUCUUCCGUGGUGUCGGUCAGUGGCAGCCUUCAUUCCCGGAGCUCCAGCCCAGCUGCUUCGCCCACAGACACACAGUCCCCAGGCAGGAUCAACAAGGAGCAGACUGAUCAUCCCACAGCUGCCCGGUGGCAAUUGGAUAAGUGGUUGAAUAAGGCCAAGAAAAAAAGAGCUCCAAGUGACCAUUAUCCCACCCUGAGCAUUCCUGGAAACCCAACCUCUCCACGCACACUACGAGCACCAUCUCCGGCAAGAUGCUGGGACAGCAAUCACGAAUACAGCCCUAGCCAAAGCCCUAUUCACAGCCUGCAGUUGAGCCACAGACCUAACAGUCCCGAUUACGGCUUCUGUCCCAGCCCGCUCUCUAGCACCUGCCCGAGUCCGAGCAAUAGCAGGUACAGUGCCUUACUGAGUCCGGUUCCAAGCGUUUUCCCAAGUCCGUCCAGGAGCCCAAGUACACGUCAUUGCUUGGAGUCAAUUCAGAGAGCACCUUUAGGAAGCCCCACUUUAUCCCGUUUGCAGAGUUACCACUCCACUGAGGUUCAGAGUCAUCUGUACGCGGCAAAACCGCAUCACAGGACAAAAGUAAAGUCACGGAUAGGCCCAUUGUCUAACGCCGAUGCCAAAACCAAGCACAUAAAUAGCACAGAGCCUCCCCCUCAUCCGCGCAGGCCCGAAGCGAGGCCCACAGAAAACAGGGACUACAGACAAAACAAAUCCAAAGCCGUUUUAAACUCCAGUGACAGUCGCAGGCCACAGAACAAUUCCCAUCCAGGCACUAAAAAGCCAGCCAAACACACAUCACAUUUCGAGCAGAUCCAAGGAGGCCGACCUGGCCACAGCUCUAACCACAAGACUCGACCUCUAGCUCAACACAGUUCCCAACACGGUUCCACGAGAACAAAGCACCAGCUUCCAACUGGCUGUGAAACCCGUGUCGGUCAAGAUUCGAGCGCUAAGGCUGCCAGUAAUAAUCACUCGAGACUAAGUCAGAACCUUCAUCUGUUGGCCAAGUCGAGUGCUGUUAAUGUUAAUCCUUCAAAAACAUCACAUAAACAGUCCCAGGCCAGAAAAUGUGAGGUAGUUCCUAACCCCGAAUCCGAGGGGAGGAAAGACAAAAGAAGGGGAGAUAGACACCGGGAAGGGCAGUCGAAGGAAGACAGGAGGCUGGCGGAGGAGCAGCUCCUGAGACGUCGCUGGAUCGAGAGUUCUGCAGAAGAGGAGGUAGAGGAGGUGGUAGUUGUCGAGAGGCAGAAGAGUAGGCCUCGUGAAAAACACCAAACAGUCCAGUCCAAAGAGCGACACCGUCAUCAAAAAAGCACACACCUCCAAAGAAGACCUGAGAAAGAGAGGACUCAACGAGACUCUUCGUCUUCACUCAGCCCUCUUCCUCAAAGACAGUCGCCCUCGUCCUCUGCUUUGUCCAAUUCCGAUUCAGAAUAUCAGCCUCAAGUUGCCAAGGUUCCGGCAGACUCCACUUCACUCCAGAGACUCCGCAAGAAAGGCCAACACAGCUCAGGUAGAUCCGAUGCCAACAAGUCCAGAGGAACGAGCUCAGAGAGUCCGGCAAAAGGGCAGCCAAGUGGGACUAGGCAAAAACUCUUCACCCUUGUCCCGUUCGGGCGAAGCGAGAAGGCUUCAGCGCCUUCCCAACGCGGUCUUAGAAACCUGGUGGUCCAUAUAGACCUCUGUCUGCUCAACAGAGUCCCGGACACGGAUGUUAAUUUCACAGUUAACGGCACUAACUCUUCUUCUUUGACAAGAAAGGAUUCGCAAACGGAGGCUAUGAAGCAUCUUUAUAUGCCAGAUACUGUCUCCAAAGACAGCAAAAGAAAACGCAAGAUGGAGAAUGGCGCCUCCCAUAAAGAAAGCAAGCGGAACACACCGCAUGCAAAAGACGUUGGUGGUCGCACAGAAUCAUCAGCACAUGCGGCUGACCUCGGCUUUUCAACUGAGACCAUUCAUAAUGGAUAUUUGGAGGAAUACUUGGACAAUAAGCAUCCUUUAUCUCCUCUGUCACCACUGUCUGACAGCCCCGAGUCCAACAACCUUUCAUCCAAAGCAAAAAAUGGCGAGGUUUAUCACAAGAACAGAGAUAAGAACAGAGAUUCAGCAUUAAAGCCAAAAAAGGAGGUGGAUAGUGUCAAAGUGUCCAGACGGCAUUUGUCAGAUUCCUGGGGCCCCGCAGGACACAGAGCGGCCAUGUCAAAUGCAGAAACGCCUCACCACGCUGAGUACUACCUACACGAAGCCAAAAGAAUGAAGCACCGUGCAGAUGCUAUGGUGGACAAGUUAGGGAAGGCUGUGAAUUACGUUGAUGCUGCUCUUUCUUUCAUGGAAUGUGGCAAAGCGAUGGAGGAAGGCCCACUGGAAGCAAAAUCCCCCUACACCAUGUAUGCAGAGACAGUGGAACUUAUCAGGUAUGCAAUGAAGUUAAAAAGCCACUCUGGUUCUGGAGCCCGACAAGAAGACAAACAGCUGGCAGUGCUCUGCUUUCGAUGUCUCGCCCUCCUCUACUGGCAGAUGUUUCGUCUGAAAAAGGACCACGCUCUGAAAUACUCCAAAGUACUGCUCGACUACUUUAAGACAUCUUCCAAAGUGCCUCCGCUGCCAUCCAGCUGGAAUGAUACGGGGAAGGAUACAGGAGGACCCCCUCCACAUUCCCACCUGCCUGAUGCCACCAAACACAUCCGGCGAAGUUCACACGGGGACAGCACCUCCCUCUCACUCAUAAGCAUUCCUCAACGUAUCCACCAGAUGGCAGCAAACCACCUAAACAUCACCAACAGUGUCCUGUACAGUUACGAGUACUGGGAGGUUGCAGACAACCUUGCAAAGGAGAGUAAAGAGUUCUUCAACUAUUUGAAUACACUGUCCGGGCCACUGACGCUUCACAGCAGCAUUGCUCAUGCGGUCCAGUACACCAGGCAAGCUCUUCAAUGGAUCCGCAUCAGUGCAAAACUUAACUAAGAAGCAACACAAGAUGGCCACUGUGUCAACAAGGACUGAAGGGGACAUUGUUUACCCUCCAUCAUUUAUGGAAAAUAUAAUGCAGAAAUGGAACAAAUGUUUAUUACUAUCUGUUAGGAGCUUUAGGAGGGUUCCUAUGAGAUUUUUGUUAAAGAGAUGUAAACUGUGAAUGUGCCUGCAGAGACGACAUUAAGCCAUUUUAGGACUCAUCCAUGCGUAAUGAUUUGAAGCCUCUAAAUACAUUGCCAAAUGUCCAAUAGUGACAUAAACAGGACUCAAUCACUGGAAUGUCUGCAAAGACCUUUCAUACAACAUUACCGUUGUACUUUUUUACUAUGUACAAAACUAUUUCUACAAGUUUGAAUUGUUGGUCAAUGGUGAUUUAAUGUUUUUUUUUAAUGAAUAUUUAAUGUUUGUUCUACUGUGCAAUAUUUGUUAGUCUUGUUUCAGCAACAAACAAAAACGGUGGCUCUCCUAAAGCCCAUAUUUGAUGUUAAUUCUAUGCAAUAAAUUAAAAAGACAUUUGCUAAUAUUGUGGAUAAUCAAAUUUAUCAUUUUAUUAUAGACCAGUGGUUCUUUGAACCCCUGGUGUUCAGUGAGUAAGGCUCAGGGUUAAGAAAAGUGAAAGUUAAGGAACGCAGAGCCCUAUUUUGUACACUGACUAA